AUGAGAGUGUGUCUGGGAUCAGCUGGAGCAUUCAUUGUUUUCCCGUUGAUUCUCUACAUACUGCUGCAUGAUUGCCACGCCGUGGUGUUACGCAAUCCGGCCUUCAACAUCUGGGGCGAUAUAUUCGGGAAUAAGGCAGAGGAACCUCUGCGCAGUCCGGUUAUUUUAGUGCCGGGAGUCGGUGGAAGUCGGCUGCAGGCCAAACUCAACAAACCCAACACGGUCAGCUUGUUUUGCGCCAAACAGACCAAGGAUUACAUUGAUUUAUGGCUGAAUGUGGACUUGCUGCUGCCUUAUGCACUGGAAUGCUGGGUGGACAACAUGAAGCUGCACUACAACAACGUGAGCCGGCGUUCCGAAAAUGCACCGGGAGUGGACGUCCGCGUGUACGGUUUCGGCAGCAGCUUGGCGGUCGAGUAUGUCAGCAAGGACCUAUACCCCUAUGCGAGGUACUUUAAAGACGUAGCGGACAUGCUGGUUAGUCAAGGCUACGAAAGGGAUAUAUCGAUACGCGCCGCGCCAUAUGAUUUCCGUUUAGCACCCGAUGAGCAAACAGAGUACUACAAAGCCUUAAAGAAACUCGUUGAAGAGACACAUACCCGUAAUCAGAACACCCCCGUGACCUUUAUCGCCCACUCCCUGGGCAACCUGCAUACGUUAUAUUUUCUGCAACAACAAACACCAGAAUGGACGGCCAAGCAUGUCAAAGGCUUCGUUAGUAUCGCCGCCCCCUGGGCGGGUGCGAUCCGCUCCAUAAAAGCGGUCACUUCCGGUGACAAUCUGAACGAAGACAUCGUCGAUUCGUUGAUGGUGCGGGCCGAAGAGCGGACGAAUCCCAGCGCCACCUUUCUGUUUCCCAAUCGCGAAUUUUGGCCGGAUUCGUACGUGGUGCUGCAGCGGCCGGGGAAGCAGUACACCGUUGGACGUAUUGACCAACUAAUUGACGAUAUCAACGACCGCAGCGUGUGGGACAUGUACGGCCGCACCAAGGGCCUGCUGAAACUGCAACCGCCUAGCAUACCGAUGUUUUGUUUGUACGGCACCGGCGUCCCCACCCCGGCCAGCCUGUACUACGAGCGGGACGACCAGUUCCCCGAUCUGACACCCAAAGAGGUCCUGGGCCAGGGCGACGGGUCCGUGAACGACAUCAGUCUGGAGGUGUGCGGUCAGUGGGCGAAGAAGCAUCCGGAGCGGGUGCGGGUGACGCGCUUUCCCGGCGUCGGACAUAAGGAGAUCCUGGCGGACCAGGCGGCGCUGGCACAUAUCCUGGAUGUUCUUAAUCAAUGA